CAAAGAAAACGGGUUUAUCACGCAAACAUUCAUCCCUUUUUCCCCAAAUCCAAACCCUCAAAUUCUAACAUCUUCUUCUUCCCAAGCUCUCUACUACAAUCAAACCCUAGCCCUAACCCUAAUCAAAUCUCACCAUCAACCUCAAUGGCGUACGUAGAUCACGCAUUCUCCAUAUCAGACGAAGACAUCAUGAUGGACUCCGAUUCCACUUACACCGUCCACAACCGUCCUCCCAUCAAAGAAAUCGCUCUCGCCGUUUCUCUCCUCGUCUUCGGCGUCACCGGCAUCGUCUCCGGCAUCUUCAUGGCCGUCAAUCGCGUCGGCGGCGACACCGGUCACGGGCUAUUUUUUGCGAUUUUGGGAGCUGUGUUGUUUAUACCGGGGUUCUAUUAUACAAGGAUUGCUUAUUAUGCUUAUAAGGGGUAUAAAGGUUUUUCUUUCAGUAAUAUACCCCCUGUUUAGGGUUUUGUGGAUCUUUUUUGAUUCAAGUAUGUACAGUUGAUGUGUUUUUUUAAUGUAUGGAAUAUGGAAUAAGAAUGUAAUGGAGGAUAUAGAGUUUGUUAAAAGGAAGAUUAAUGUGAAUUUGUUGAUGUAUUUGGUGAUAUUA